UUUUGAAGAAAAAUGCGAUGGAUGGAGAUAUAGAGCGGGAUUCAGCCCUUGUUGAAGCACAUUGUGUGCAUUUAGAAGCUGUCCAACUCAUAGAAUAGUGGACGACAAGCUGAGUGGCAAGGAAAGCCCAAGCCAGUUAGCUCGUGAUUGGACCUCCGCGUACUAAAGAGAAACAGGCCUUUCUGAAAAAGCCUGAAUUGUGUUUUGAAGAAAAAUUGAGGUGCAUUAUUGACCAAGGUGCGUCGAUGAUGUCUGAGGACACAGGCAGCGAGCAGUUUUCUGAGCCGAUCAUUCUGCACAUAAUUGUGGUUGGAUUUCACCAUACCCGAGGGUCGGAGGUGGAGUUUUGCUAUCCCCCGUUGAAGUAUGGCGAGGCGGAUGGAAGACCGGUGAUGCCUCCCGAGUGGCAAUAUAUCACUGCUCUGGCGUUGCCUGAUGGAGCUCACUUGGCCACAGAAGACGCUGUGUUCUUUCUGCUCCCGGAUCCGGACGACACACAAACACAACUGUCGGCGGUGGCCUGCUACCGGCAGAUAGAAGCGGCGGACCUGGAGGAGACGGGCAGCGAUGUGAAGCGACGUGUUGUCCAGAAGAGCGUGUGUGUAUUAUGUCGGCAGCCACUGUUUGGCCUCAUCAAGCAUCACCUGUCGCUGGCCACGCAUGCCUACUUUGGAGAGAAAAACUUCACCAAAACGCAGAUUUUAAUUGAUGUUUAUAACCACUUGAAUCGCGCUCUUCAACCAUCGCCUAGCUCACCACAUAGUCUUAGCCCUUCGUCAUGUAUAUCAGCAAGAAAAUUUAUCCUCCGCUUUGGACGCAAGGCGUUAGUAUUGUUCAAACUUAUGCUCCUGGAGAAGAAGGUACUGUUUCACAGCCAUCCUGUGCAUAACCUAUGUGAGACAGUGGUGGCACUGCUUUCGUUAUUUCCAGGUGUCCUGGAGACGUGCUUACCCCAGAUACAGCCUGCCCCGCCAGUGUCCUCAGAGGGUAGUGCUAAGCCUGCAGAUGUGGACCUAUCAUCGACGUCUGACGACUACGGGUUCCCGAUUCGGUUUUGCCGUGCUGACACACCAGUCCUGCCGUACAUGUCCCUGCAGCAGAUGGACAACUUCAAGGGAGAUGAGAUGCUGGGAUGUGUCGCCGGCUCCACUAACGCACUAUUCCUGCACUCGCCCAACCUCGUUGACGUGCAAGUGGAUACUGAGAGUGGGUCUGUAGAGAUUCUCGACUCAUCACUGCGCAACAGCCUGACGUUAACGGUGGCCGAUCAGCGGUUUGCCGAUCAGAUCCUCUCGGCCGUUCAAGCGGAUGAGGAGUCGUGCGCGUCAGGGACAAACUGGUUUGGUGGUGAUGACUGGGUGCGACAGCAGUUUCGCCAGUACUUAGUUGCUCUGCUCGUCUGCUCGUCCAGCAAGGAUUCUCGUCUCAUGGCCGACUUUGGGACGCAUUUUGGCCGGCUAUGGAAAGAGCAGUAUAACUACCUGCACUGGACAAGGCUGGCGCACCCUGCCAUCACCGAUAUCGAACCCAAGCAUCCGUGCAAAGGACAGAUUGGCCUCGCUGACCUCCGAGAUCACAAUCUAACACAAGAUCAGAUCCGGCAAUCGAUGAGCGAGACCAAAAUGCGAGUCGGCGAGGCGUUGACACCGCUUCAGCAGAAGCUGGGAGCUGCGGCCAGCACCACUAAAACCGAGCUAGGUGGUGCGAUUGCGUCCGCGUCGUCAGCAGUCGGCGGUUGGAUCAGCUCGUGGCGCACGAAGAACACGGCGGGCACGUCAGCGGGCAGUCCGGGCCGCAGGUCGCAUCGCGACAGCACGAAGAGUCGCGGCAGCACCAAGAGCGCCAACAGCGCCAAUCGGCUGGCGUUCGUGAGCCACACCAAGGACAUCGGGGACAGUUGUGAUGGCGAUGAUGAUGAAGAAGAAGAAGACGACGACGAUGGGGGCGGUCACAAUUCUCGCUUCUACGCCCUCCCGCCGGAGAAUAUGGCCGGUCCGGAAUAAGCGAGCGGUUGUGUACUUGUAGUGUAACUUAGUGGCGAUGUAAGGGAUGUGCCCACUGCUCAGGUUUCUGUUCCCUGAACAAAACCAUGACAUGCUGCUCUUCAGGAUGGGGCUCAUCACGUUUAUUUAUUUCCACCAUUAGGAAGCAGUUUGCACUCGCGCAAACACACACACACACACACAGGCUGCACAUGCACAUACCCCCCCCCCCCACACACACACACAGACACACACAUACACACAUGCACACACACACACACACUUUCGAUUUCUCUAGUUAGCCAGCCAAUAUCAGUCCCCGUAUCACGUCUUCCACGCGGUGGAAAAGGGCGGCAUACUCUUCUAUGCAUCUCAUUCUUCUUUUUUUACCCGUUACUUGACCGUUUACGUAAUUAUUAUUUUUUUCAUUUCACUAACUACUGUUUCUAUCUGGUGUACAUGUACAUGCUGUUUGUAUGUACACGUGUACAUGUGCACUCUGCGCCGGCUGGAACUCCUUGGGGAUUUGAGUUUUGCUUACUUGUGCUCCAUGUUCCGUGUCUAGUACUGCGUCCACGCUUUUUUUUUCUUGUUCGUCUUUGUCUUGGCCAGCAGAUUAAUGUUAUUGCAUGGCCAGCCACCGCCUGGUGCACAUCUGUAUAAUCGACCAGUGGCUCUUCUUUCCGACAUUCCCAGAAAUAUUCCUCUCCACUGCUCUCCCAUAUACCCCCAGAUACCGAGCUAUUUCGAUUUUUUACUGUGUGCUCAAUGCUCCCAUUUUAAUUUUUCUUCAAGACCUCAAUACUACUCUCAUUUACUCCAGUA